AUGAUAGAGAAAAAAGAGGUUUAUAGAAACUUUUUAUGUAGAAAUUGGAGGAUAGGCAAUUAGAUUUGUUGUUUCCACUUAAUUAUUACACUUUUUAGUGUGAUAAUUUUUUUAGUUAGCAAUUUAAUCUAUAUGUACAUUGUUACAGAAUAAUUAAUGGCUAUUACUUAAGAAAUAUUUCAUAAAGAAACUCAAAAUCAUUUGAGUUUGUUGAGUUACCUUGAAAAAUCUUCAACUCUCGACGUUUUUUAGGAUAGUACAAGAUAGCUUUUAUCUAUUAAUUAGUUAUAUUAGAUAAUCGAUAAGGAUUUCCAGAUUGAAAUGCCUUAUGAUUGCUUAAAUAAUCAAUAAUUUAAUGAUUCAUAUGCAUACUUUUUUUCUUUUUGCUAUGCUUUUUGCAAUUUGACAAAUGGCUUAAAUAUUAGUAAAUAUUAGAACAUAUUAAAAUUAACAUCCUUAUUAACUCAAACCUUAAGAAUUUAUGACCUUUAAUUAUUAACUUUGAUGGCUCAUGUAGGAGAGGAAUAAUUUUUUACAUAAAACAGAGGAUAUGCAAUCUCAAACUAUUACCCUCAUACUAGGUAAUGGUAUAGAGAUCAUGUGGCUCAGAUGGGAACAGGCAAAUAAAUUAUAGUAAGCGAUCCGUAUGUUUCAUGGAUAGAUGUAGUUUUCAUUUCAUAGACCACAAAUUUAACUCAUAACUAAUUCGAAGGAUUGAUAGGACAAGAUUUAGAUUUUACAAGAAUGCCCAAGAUUCAAACCAAUACUUCAUAAUAUUAUUUAGUGGAUAGCAGUGGUAAUAUUGUCAUCAGUGAUCUUUAUGCUAAUGGAGUAAAGGUUUUAAUAAAAUUGUACAACUAAAGUUUAACAGGAUUUAAUGAAACUGAUUGGAAUAACUUAAUAAAGAUGGUGAAGAUAUUUUUUACUUGUACAAUAGUGUCUAUUAGAAAAUAUCAUAGUUUUGAGAACAAUACUGACUGA